AUGGAAACUAGAUCAAAUUCGCUCAUUGUACCCCCGCCCCCCGUUGAUACGGACGCCAAGCAGAAGGACAAAGUUAUCAUCGAAGGCAGCAACGUCAACGUGAACUUCAACCUGGUGGACUCAGAUCGGCGUCCACUCCAAACUUUAACUCUUAAAGGAACGGAGGUUGCUAAGGUGAAGCGUCAGCUGCGAGAGGCAACCGGAUAUACUCAAAUGGAGUUUCGUUACAACGACAAGUAA